GGCGUCCGCUGGCCAAAAAAAAAAAACACUCGCAAACUUUGUUAUGGCUUCUGCGUCUGCCACCGGCACCGACCGGCGGGGAAAGUUGAGUUUAAAACGAAAGAGAAAUGCUGAAAACUGUGUGGAGGACGAUGACUUUGUUGCAGAUUCAAACCAGACAAAGAGGAGACCAGAUGGAGGUGGCAGAAAAACGGAUAGGCCUAGAUUUUCAAAAGGCCAGUCUGCUGAUGAGAAGAGCAAAUCCUCCCUGAAAGUGAAAGCAAGACUUCCCCGCUAUGAUAGCGACUCAGCCACUCCAUCAUGUCCUUCUGUCCGGUUAGUCCGCAAUCAGGCUAGUCUCGGCUCAAGCCAACUGACUUCUAGUCUUGGUCAAUCCACUCUGCCGGACUUACCAGGCUGGUAUGGUUUGAAGGUGAAGGAAGAGGAACUCCAGGUGACGGGAACAGAAGUCAUCAAGGUCGGUGGUGUCUCAGUUAAAUGGCGCCCUCUACCAGCAUACUGCCGCAUGUGCCUAGUCAGGAGCAAACAGAAGAGGGCAGCAGAGAGCCGAGAUCGCUUACGCGCAUUUGCAGGAGCAAGCCCCAACAUCAAACGUGAAAGCUGCGCACGGAAUGCCGAACUUGUUCCUGAUCAGCUAAUCCCUGGUGACAUUAAGAGUGAACCACUUCAGAGAUCUACGGAUCCGAGGAAUGGAGCUAUGUCUGAAGAUUCAAACCGUGAAAUUGAUGUCAAGAGUGAAAUUUUGAAACAGAAAUCUGCCCGAACAGUUAAUUCUGAAGCUGGAAAUUUGUCAAAACCUCAGCUUAAUCACGCAAUAAAAAUUGAGAGAAAACUUCAUCAGAAUGUGCCUGUGAAACCGCAGAAUGGUAGUUCAUGUCAUUCCAAGCAAAGUACAAAUCCCCUAGAUGACAGGAAGCCGCAAUCCCUUCACAGGAAGGCACUGAGCUUGUCUGCCACCAAAAGGAAAGGGCAGAAGUUAAGACUUUCUGGAGAACUCAAGGUACCAUCGUUAAAGAAUGAGAAUGGUUUGCCAAGACUUGCUCAAACAGAGUCUGGUUUACAUGCUAAGGUUGGGAAGCUUGAGCCUAGACAAAUGGCUUUUUCCAAUACUAGGACAUUCCCAAAGGAUGCUCAACAUUCUUCUCCAAGUACUCAAGCAAUUGGCCUUGGAGGACUCCCCAAAGUUGUUCCCAUCAGUUCUGAGGAGAGUGUUGAAGUUUUGGCGAAAAUCAGGAGCAAUCUACAGCAUAGAAUCUCUGUGAAGAAGGUUCUGUCUGCAUCAAGACGAGAUGGUACAUGCGGUGCUUUGGCAAGGUCUGAUCCUUCAAACCGGCAGUCGGUCAACCCCGAUGCCUUGUCAAAGAGCUCUCUGACGCCAACGCAUACAAACUCGGUAGCCGCUUUACCGACAAGAUUCGCCCAAGAAAACCUGGAUUCGUCUGAAGUCAUUGUUCUAGACAGUGAUGACGAAGUAGAAACCACGUCAUCCUCCCCAUUGACAGGUUUUAAACGAAAACUGUCAAGAUCUUCCAGUGACACCGACAAAAGAUUUUGCAAGAAGCCAAAGUUGAUAAAGGUUUCAGGUACAGGUGCUUCUGGAAGCCUUGCAACCAGGUUAAUAUCCAGACCUAAAUCCCCUGUCCCUAAACACUGUGAUGGACAAGUCAAACCCGGGUUUAGCAAGACUGCGCAGACCAGAUUGGAUGGCAUGCUAGUCAGGACAAGUCCAGGGCACACCAAGGUGCAGCCUUCCACUCCCUCAAGGAACUCUCAGGAAUCUUCCCUUGGGAAACCAAUUACUGCCUAUCUAAGUUCCUCUGAGCAUCCAAAGCAAGCCUCAUCAAAUAAUCAUGUCUGUAAACAAGGUUCAUUGACGCAAACAAAACAUUUAAGUGCUGCGUCUUCAAACUCAAGUGCCAAGAAAAGUGCUUGGAACACGUCCACAAACGUAAAGCCACUGUUUAAGAAGCAAAGAUCUGGACAACUCAAUUCAGUACAAGUGCAAAAUACUGAACAAGUCUUGACAAAAGUCCAGGCAGACUCUUUUACAGGUAGCAGCAGCUAUACAAAUAAUGAAAGUCAGAAGAAACUUAACUUUGCAACCGCGAAGGGCAUGGACAAUUCCAGAAAAACUCUACACAAAGGAGCUGCUGGAACUUUAAACGAAUCACCACAAGGAAAAAUGACUGGCUUCACUCUUCCAGCUACCAACACCAAUCCUGGUCAGAACCCACUGUCCAAACAACCGAGGAAUCAGUCUGUAUUCAGGUCAAACCAGGUUGUUGGGCCUCUUGGAAAACCCGAGGAAAAGCCAUCAACAUCUACUGGUAGCGCUAAAAAUGCAAACAUUCGCUUACACCCAGAAUUCCAGACAGCUAGGAACAUCCGGACUGAUCGGGAUAUUAACCUCAAACGGGAUAAACAACCAAAUACUUUGGGGGAUAACCAGACUACCCAGGGCUUGCAUGGAAGAAGCCACCCCAAACAAGAUACUAAUCACAGAAAUAUGCCAAAAGGCGUAAAUCGGGAUAUAUAUGUAAGUCCCCAUAUGGACCAGCACACCAAUCAGUCUGUAUUCAGGUCAAACCAGGUUGUUGGGCCUCUUGGAAAACCUGAGGAAAAGCCAUCAACAUCUACCGGUAGCCCCAAAAAAGCAAACACUCGCUUGUACUCAGGAUUCCAGACGGCUAGAGACAUCCGGACCAAUUGGAAUAUUACCCCCAAACGGGAUAGUCAACCAAAUACUUUGUGGGAUAACCAGAUUGCCAAGGGCUUGUAUGGAAGAAGCUACCCCUAUCAAGGAACCUCAGACUCUGGUGCCAUCCUGAGCUGUCCUUUAUGUGGUCUGCAGUUCCCCAAAAGAUUGACUCCUGAGGAACGAGACGAACAUAUAGCACUGUGCCUCUCAGUAAGCUCUGAGGAUGUCUUAUGGUAGAACAACCAACUCACACCAACAGCCAACAGCUCCAAAAAGUGGAAUGUGGACACAGCACCUCAAACGUCCAAGUCUUCAUAAAGGGUGUCCCUUUUUAUUUCUAAGGUUCUCAUAUUUUUUUGGUCUCUGAAGUAGGGUUGGUCGGUCAGCAAACAAUUGCAGUUACAUGUACACCCAUAUAGAUGCUGAAUUAAAUGAUGCCAAGUGCUUGUUUUGUUUAUUGCAAUGAGAUUAUCAUGAGUUGAUAUCACCGAACAAAAUAAUAAAGCCAUCUUUGGCA